AAUGGCGGGAAAGGAGGACAGUAGCAAAAAUACGGCACCAAAUUCGAAAUCGGAGAAAAUGGAGGACGAAAAAUCGGAGGUAUCAUGGAGGAAAGAAGUCGACACGAAUCUCAAGAGGCUCCAUUCUAUGCUAUUUGGAGCAGACGUAGCUCUCAAAAGUAAGGAUUUCAGUUCUGCAACAGUACUUGGACUAGGACUUAUCGGCUUCCUCGAUUCCCAUUCUCAUUCAGACGUCGACGAGGCCUUCAUUCGUCCUAUUCGUCGUGAAGCUCUGUCAAAUUUUGAUUCUGCUCGAAGCUCCCUCAUAACUGAAUCCGAUCGCCAUGCCUUUGAACAAGCAGGGAGAGAUCCAGGCUGCAUAUUUGCCCAAGGAAAAAAUAUUGACAUUGAGAAGAUUAAGCAGUCUAAGUACUUUCUUUCUCUUUGUCAGCAACAUGAAGACACAGCUAAAGGUGAACAGGGAAAUCAAUUAAACAGACAUGCCAAUGUGGGUAGCCGAACCUUGAAAACACCUGCACACACUAGUCCAAGAGAUUUCUCCUUGAUAAAAAAUAGAAGCUUUGCAAAUGAUAGUAGCCCAGAGGUUCUUCCUGUUGAUAGGUUUCACUCAAAGCAUGUGGACAUUAAAGAUGGAGAGGAAGAAAGAACUUGUGUCAAUGGUUCCAAAACAAGACGGUUGUACAGGGAAAGCAGUGGCUCUAGAGAUGAAAACAUCUCAUCCCCCUUGUGCACUGAAGAAGCUGAUGUUGAUGCUUCUCCAAAUGGAUUUGUCACUGCUAGAGCAAAACUGGAAAUGGACGCAAGACAUAAGCGAGGGUUGAGUAGAUCACCAAGUGCUUCAAUCUCCCCACAAAACGAUAACACCUUGAUGAACAAAGGCUGUGGAGUCAGGUCCUAUGGUUUUCCACGCCGUGGCAUACGGGGCAAUUUUGUUCCUCCUAUCAGAGGUAGUAGUGGCAAUAAUGUAGGCAAUGUUACUUCACGCACUUCUAGGAAAGGAGAAGAUACACUUGAUGAUUCAACAAGGAGAUGUUUGGAAAUGUUAGUUGGUCCUGAUGGUGAACUUCCUGAGAAAUUGAGGAAUAUAGAGCCUCGACUUAUUGAGCAUAUCAGCAAUGAGAUUAUGCACCGGGAUCCCAAUGUGCGUUGGAAUGACAUUGCUGGCCUGGAACAUGCUAAAAAAUGUGUGACUGAGAUGGUCAUCUGGCCAUUAUUACGUCCAGACAUAUUCAAAGGCUGCCGAUCUCCAGGUCGAGGUCUUCUUCUGUUUGGUCCACCAGGAACUGGCAAAACAAUGAUAGGGAAAGCUAUUGCUGGCGAGGCAAAAGCAACCUUCUUUUACAUAUCUGCCAGCUCUUUGACAAGCAAGUGGAUUGGAGAGGGGGAGAAGCUGGUGAGGGCACUUUUUGGAGUGGCCAGUUGUCGUCAGCCAGCUGUUAUUUUCGUUGAUGAAAUAGAUUCUCUGUUGUCUCAGCGCAAGUCAGAAGGUGAACAUGAAUCUAGUAGGCGCCUGAAGACACAAUUUCUGAUUGAGAUGGAAGGCUUUGACAAUGUGAGCGAACAGAUUCUUCUUAUAGGUGCAACAAACAGGCCCCAAGAGCUUGAUGAGGCUGCAAGGAGACGGCUUACUAAAAGACUUUAUGUUCCACUUCCUUCCUCAGAAGCACGAGCUUGGAUUGCCAAGAGUCUAUUGGAGAAGGAUGGUUUGUUUAAGCUUUCAGAUGACGAUAUUGUCUCCAUUUGCAAAUUUACGGAAGGGUAUUCUGGGUCUGACAUGAAGAAUUUAGUGAAGGAUGCUUCCAUGGGUCCAUUGAGGGAAGCUCUAAGGCACGGUGUUGAAAUUACAAAGCUAAAGAAGGAGGAUAUGAGGCCAGUAACUCUUCAGGACUUUGAGAGUGCAUUACAAGAGGUAAGGCCUUCUGUGUCUUUGAAUGAACUUGGUGCAUACGAGGACUGGAACAAACAGUUUGGAAGCUUAGCACUUUAAGAGCCAGAGGAAUAAUCACAUCAGAGAAAAUAAUGUAAGUUGCAUGACUUUUACAUUCCUUGCGAGAGUGCUGGCAGAUGAUCCAUGGAUUCUCAUUUCAUGUUCAGCUACACGAGGGAUAUGUAAAUUCGUCUGCUACCUAAAUGACCCAUCCAGAUCAAGAAGAAUCUUCCAUAUGCCAUGCCAGACAAUUUAGGUAUUUUGCAGCAUAGUUGAUGUCGAUUGUUCAGUUUCUGUUUUCCAAUAGCUAAAUCAUUGUCAAAAUAGUUGUUAACCUACUGGGACUUUGUUAAAG